AUGUCUCUCUACAUCAAAGACGCCACUGGUGUCGACGAGUUAUCCGUUGCCGGUACUCAGGAACAACCAUUCAAGACUCCUGCUUAUGCUUUAUUUGCAUUCCAACAACAAAAUGCAGAUGCUCCAGAACCUAAGUUGUACGUCUUCAAGGCAGAAGACAGUGAAUUCUUGGAAAUCUCUGCUUCUGCUUUGAAGAAAGCUCGUAAAGGUUGUGAAGGUUUGAAGAAGAAAUUGAUCAAACAAAAGGAAUUGGAACUAAAACAACAAGAACAGAAGCUUACAAAGCAAAUGUCCGCUUUACAAAUUUCUAUCGAAGAAGACAAAUCCUUACCAGCUGCUAAAUCUUUUAAAGUCGCUAAAGUUUACGAACAAGUCGGUGAAAGAGUUAAGGUCUCCGGUUGGAUCCACAGAUUACGUUCCAACAAGAAAGUUGUCUUCGUAGUCCUAAGAGAUGGUACUGGUUUCUUACAAUGUGUCUUAACCGGUGAUCUAGCUUUGGCCCAACAAACCGUCGAUUUAACUUUAGAAUCUACCGUCACCCUAUAUGGUACCAUUACUAAAUUACCAGAAGGUAAGAACGCUGCUGGUGGUGUCGAAUUAGUCGUCGAUUACUACCAAGUCCUAGGUCUAGCUCCUUCCGGUGACGAUGCCUUCACCAACAAGAUUGCUGAAGACUCUGAUCCAUCUCUAUUAUUAGACCAACGUCAUUUAGCUUUAAGAGGUGAAGCUAUAUCAGGUGUCAUGAAAGUCCGUGCCGCGCUAUUAAGAGCGUUCAGACGUUUCUUCGAGGAAGAAAGCUUGACUGAAGUUACUCCACCGUGUAUGGUUCAAACUCAAGUCGAAGGUGGUUCUACUCUAUUCAAAUUAGAUUACUAUGGUGAAGAAGCUUACUUGACUCAAUCCUCUCAAUUGUAUUUGGAAACCUGUUUACCAGCUUUAGGUGACGUCUACUGUGUUCAAGAAUCCUUCCGUGCCGAAAAAUCCCACACUAGAAGACAUUUAUCUGAAUAUACUCAUGUCGAAAGUGAAUUGGCCUUCAUAACAUUCGAUGACUUACUACAACAUCUUGAACGUCUUAUUUCUCAAUCUGUCAAAUACGUCUUAGAAGAUCCUGUCGCAGGCCCAAUUAUCAAACAAUUGAACCCGGAUUUCGUUGCUCCAACUGGUCCAUUUAUGAGAUUAGAAUAUAAAGAUGCUAUCACUUGGCUGAACGAACAUGGCAUCAAGAACGAAGACGGUAAAGACUUCAAAUUCGGUGACGAUAUUGCUGAAGCUGCUGAAAGAAAGAUGACUGAUACCAUUGGUGUUCCAAUCUUAUUAAUCAAAUUCCCAGUUGAAAUCAAAUCUUUCUACAUGAAACGUUGUGCUGACGAUCCACGUGUCACCGAAUCCGUGGAUGUCUUAAUGCCAACCGUCGGUGAAAUCACCGGUGGUUCCAUGAGAAUCACUCAAAUUGACGAAUUAAUGGCUGGUUUCAAGCGUGAAGGUAUUGAUCCAAAGGCUUACUACUGGUUCAUCGAUCAAAGAAAAUACGGUACUUGCGAGCACGGUGGUUACGGUUUAGGUACUGAACGUAUCUUAGCUUGGUUAUGUAACAGAUUUACCGUCAGAGACUGUUCAUUAUACCCACGUUUCAGUGGCAGAUGCAAACCAUAG